CGCUGGGCCGCGCGCGUGGCCUGCCGGCACGCGGUAGGAUGCUGCGUAGGGCAGCGCUUCUUGUCUGCUGUCUUGCUGGCCUUGUUGUCGUUGGCGUGGACAGCGAUCAAAGUCCCGUGCUUCGUUUCCGAGAGGUCGGACUCACCGCGCGCGGCCCCAUGCCCGGGAGUAGUCCUUGCAAUGAAAGCGGGACCGUACGGGGCUUUCGCGUUGGCAGCGACGGGUCGGCCAGCAUCGCUCUCCCUGCUCCUGGCCGAUGGUUUGUCUGCCAGCGUCAUUCGCAGGGCUCUUCCUUCGCGGGCCGUCGCAUCGAGACGGUGGAGACGGCCGUCGUGUCCGGGAUACGGUCAGUGGAAGAGGAGGCUAAACAAGAACCUGAUAGUGCCCUCAUUGUCGACGUCGACACUGAUGUCAAGAUUCUACUUCUCGGCAGCGGGUUUUCGGCUCAGACGCGAGUGGUCGUCACGUUGGAGGCCCGCGGACGGGGUGCCCCCUGCCCCGAACACUUCCUGGAGCCCGUCCUGGUGACACCUCUACAAGCUGGACUUGCCGCGGAAGCAGUGAUCAAGUUUCCCGCGGCAGGAAGUGGUCGUCGUUCCUACUUCUGCGUCGCUUCCAGUGCGUCUACGGGCAGUCCACCCGUUACUUGGGUGCAUCAAGGCAGUGACCCCCUUGUGUGCGUCGUACCCCAAGCACGCCUUCUGCCGGUAUGGGUUCACUGGCUUCUCAUACUCCUCCUACUGGUCCUUUCUGGCCUGUUCAGCGGUCUUACCUUGGGUCUGAUGGCAUUAGACCAGACGGAGCUCCAGGUCAUUGCUUCUUGUGGAACGAAUGAAGAGAAGAGUUGUGCUCGUAAGAUCCUCCCACUGAGGAGACGCGGUAACUACCUGUUGUGCUCUCUCGUGCUAGGAAACGUUUGUGUUAACAGCUCCGUCACUACCCUACUAGACAUGAUGACCACCGGCAUCGUAGCCGUCCUCGUUUCCACUAUGUGCAUCGUCAUUGUUGGAGAGAUCAUCCCCCAGGCCGUCUGCUCGCGCUAUGGGCUUGCCAUCGGAGCGCGGACCAUAUACAUAACAAAAUUUUUUAUGCUACUCACAUUUCCGUUGUCUUAUCCCAUCUCCAAGCUGCUCGACCAUUUUCUGGGCGAAGAGAUCGGCGCGGUGUUCGACCGCGAGAAGCUCGCCCAGUACCUCAAGAUAACGAAGGACUAUGCCCAACUGGAACACGACGAGCUCAACAUCAUCUUCGGAGCCCUGGAACUCACGAAGAAGAACGCGAAGGACAUCAUGACGCGCAUUGACGACGUUUACAUGGUCCCGUACAAUGCGGUCCUCGACUUUGAGACCAUGAGCGACAUUGUCAAGCGCGGGUACACUCGAGUACCGGUGUACGAGGGAUCCAAGCAGAACAUUGUGUCCCUAAUGAACACGAAGGACCUGGCCUUUGUGGACCCGGACGACGCGAUUCCCCUUCGGACACUCUGCCAUUUCUACAACCACCCGCUCAGCUUUGUUCGUGAGGAUGAAACGCUUGAUGCCCUGUUAAGGGAGUUCAAGAAGGGCCACUCACAUAUGGCAUUCGUAAGGCGCGCCAUCGUCGUGCAGCCCCCAAAUGAAGGAGGCAGCGAAGUAUCUGCCGCCGCAUCCCCCCAAGCUGGUGCCGCAUCCCCCCAAGCUGGUGCUGCAUCCCCACAAACUACUGAUCAGGGUGCAGCCCCUGCGGCAGCACCGUCGGAACGCAUAACGCCUCAGCCCGGCAACGAUGAAGUGGUCGGGCUUGUCACUCUAGAAGACGUCAUCGAAGAGAUUAUCCAAUCUGAGAUCAUUGACGAAACGGAUGUUCUAAUGGACAACCGAAGAAAGCAACGCCGUAAGGACGCCCAAGUCCUAACGGAUUUCUCCGACUUCCUCAAGAUCGGCGGAGGACAGCAGGGCAAGAAUGUGGUGUCCGCUCAAUUGGCCUUCGCCACGUUCCAGUUCCUCAGCACUGCCGUGCGACCGUUCACCGCCGAAUUCAUCAACGCAGCUGUCCUGCGCCGCCUUCUGGCCCAGAGCAUUUUCUUCACGGUGAAACCGGGCUUACAACCCGUGAACCCCAUUUUCGAAGCCGGAAAACCCGCAGACUACUUCGCCAUCAUACUGGAAGGCCGUGUCCGCGUCAGCGUGGGGCGCGAGGGCCUCAUUUUUGAAGCUGGGCCGUUCGCCUACUUCGGCAUGCCCGCGCUCAGCCCGGCACGCGAGGGCUCGUUCGUUCCCGAUUAUUCCGUCGUACCAAUAUCCUACGUCGCCUACCUGAAAGUCGGCCACGGCGUUUACGUGGCCGCUCUACGCGCCUCGCGCCUCUCGGCCAAGCAGACCGACAAGGCCGAAGAGCAGGCGGUGACCGACCGCAUGCUGCAGGAGUCCAUCGUCCAGUUCCAAGCCUUGGAGAACUACUCCCAGCAGAUGAAAGGGACAGACGUUCCAACGGACAGAACGCGAACAGACACCGCGGCCGAUGAUCAGAGCAAGAAUGUGAGCUGGUCCUGACGAUUCCAGUAAAACGCAUCUUUAUUGGUCCUCAUCUUCCUCGUUAACGUACGGAGCGUAGCGGAGGCCGCUCUGCUGCAGAAGCAAGGACUGGUUCUCGUUGCGUCCAGGGGGAUUUCGCAGCAGGAGCAUUAGUGGCGAAUACAGGAAGCAUACAGCGGCCGUCAUGUAUAGGAGCCUGCGGCAAAGAAUCGGAACUGUUACGUUACUGUGCUUUUGUGUCCUCUUCUUUUUUUUUUCUUGUCUGGUGUAACAAUACGAAUACAGCUGGUACUUGCAAGGAACAA